AGAGGUGGUGCCGCAGGGGAAGAGGUGGUCUGACGCUUCAGCAUCAGAGAGCAGCAGAGCGAAGAUCCGUAGAGCGCAGAAACACAGAGAACUCACUUAUCUUCCGUCUUUACUCGGGUUCAAGUAGACAGAGAAGGACGAGCAUUUAUCUCCAGGAACAGGACUCUUAUUUCUUUAAAGCGACACUUUAACAUGCUGCUGCGUUCACUGUGUGGACGGGGGAGACACCAGCCUUAGAAUAUAAUCUGUACAAGUCUAAGAAGUUCAUUCAGAAAGCAGGAAAGAGUUUUUUGUCCUGGACUCUCCAAUUGUCCGUUCACUCCUUUCCUUAAUCUCUCCGGACUCUUCAGCCGAUCCUGAUGGAGGCCAGAGGAAAAUAUACAUUCAAUGCAACAGCAGACGACGAGCUCAGCUUCAGAAAGGGCGAUAUACUGAAGAUUAUAAGUCCACUUGAUGAGUGGUACAGAGCAGAGAUGAACGGACAUGAAGGAUUCGUUCCUGAGAACUACAUUGAGAUGGAGACUCCCAGGUGGUUUCAGGAGGAUGCAAGUCGCGGCGCUGCAGAGGAACUCCUCAGGUAUAAAGAAGUUGGAGACUUUGUGAUCAGAGGAUGUCAAAGCUCGCCGGGAGACUUCUCCAUCUCCGUCAAACAUGAGAGUGACGUUCAGCACUUCAAAGUGAUGAAGGACAGUAAAGGUCACUACUUCCUGUGGUCAGAGAAAUUCACCUCCCUCAACAAGCUGGUGGAGUUUUACAAAACCACGUCCAUCUCUAAAACCAGAGAGAUCUACCUGAACGACGGCAGCUCAGACAACAGGAGCCCGUCGUCGGCUCAGCCGGUGAAGAGGGGGAGUUUACCUGAACAGCGUAGCACACCUGCAGCUGUAGCUUCACCACGCAGGGCUUCAGAUCAGCCUCACAACCAGCUGGCUAAGAGAACAGGUCUGGAGGAGCGAGCUCACACCAUUGGCCACACAGGAAGAAGCAGCCCUGUCCCCUCCGCUUUCCCUCCACGCCGCACAUCUGAGACCAUGCCCCUCCCCCAGAGGGGCCCCUCCUCUCUGCAAGUCAAGGCGCUGUACAACUUCACUGCAGAGGAAGAUGACGAGCUCGGGUUCUGCGCCGGCGACAUCAUCGAGGUGAUGGAUCGCUCCGACACCUCGUGGUGGAGAGGACGUCUGCGGGGGAGGAGCGGGCUUUUCCCUGCCAACUACACCGAACCAGUGACAAAAAAACCCUGACAGUGACUGUUACCCUGAAUAUACACAAAAACACACACAGACCUGGAAUAUGUAUGUGUGUGUGUGUUUGUUUGUGUGUGUGUGUGUGAGUUUGUGUGAUUGUGUGUGUGUGUGUGUGUGCUGUCUAAAGUGAGCUGUCAUGACUCAGCUCUAAUCUCAGGAUUUAAAGGACUCAAAGUCAGUUUGUGUUUUAAGGAAUAUUGUCACGUCGCUGUGUCAGGUUUGUUAAUCUGACACGUAGGAUCUGCUGCAGGAGGCACACAGCAAUAUUUUAUCAUGUACACUUCUGUUUCUGACAGGAAGUGUUAAUCUGCAUUAGGGCUGUCAAAGUUGCUCAAAAAUGACGUUCGCAUAUUCGCUCUAAAAAAAACCCAUAGGUUCGAACCAUUCGAAUAUCUAUAUUUGCGCAUUAUGUCAAUAACAGGUGGACAAACUAAUACAAGGAGACAUAACUACUUGUAUAUGUGUUUUUAUUUAAGAUACAACAUGCCUAAAACAUACCUACACAUACAAAUCAAGUAAAUGACCUAAUGGUCUAUACCGUAACACCUUUAAGACCGGAGACCUCUCGCUCGAUCGCUCGCCCCCCUCCCCUCUCUGUGCGCAAUGCGCUGAGUGAGUGCUGAACAAGACUUGUGCGAGCAAUUAAAGGUCCCGACUCUUGUCCCUAAUAUAGGCAGGCUUCAUUCAGUGAUUGAAGCAAAUUAUAUUAACAUUAAUUGAAGUUAAAAACGAAAAAGUAGUCCACUUACAUUCUUGGCGCUUGUAUAAAAAACAGAGAGGAAAAACUGCAUUUUAUCCCAGUGUCACUGAUUGUCUUGGGCUCUUUUAGUCCACUGUCAAUGUAGGGUCUUAGGCCUGACAGGUUAUUUGCCAAAAACACGAGACAGUCCACAUGUGAAGAGGCCCGAUCUCUUUUUAUUCACUGUAUUCCCAACGGAGGAAAAGACGCGUUCAGAGCGCACUGAGGAUCCGGGGACGGAAAGAUUUCACUCUGCCGUUUGCUUCACGCUGUGCAUGUGUGACUCCUGUGACCUGUCCCUGACCUCUCAUGCAGUGAGCCCACUCGCAAAGCAGCCGCUGGUGUGGUUUUUUUCCACAGUCGAAUAUUCAUUUUCACAAUCGAAUCUCCUUUUUUUUUUUUUUAAAUAUUCGAAUAUUCAAAUUUAGAAUAUUUGUUGACAGUCCUAAUCUGCAUUUAAUUUCAGCUUUAAUCCGACUUCCUCUGCCGCAGAAACGUGUGUUAUGAAAGUUCUGCAGCUUUCCGCUCAAGUCCAAAUGCUUAAGAUAAAUCUGUAACUUCCUCACAGCUCAUUGAGCGGGAAAUACUAUAUUUUUAUAACAGCUGUUUUUUUUUUUUUAAAUCUAACUCUGAAAAUAAACUAAAGAUGUUUUUUUUAAGGA